GUGCUACAGGCCCCGCAGUGAAAUCUGAUUCUCCCUCUGCUCCCAGUAUCACGCCUCUCAGCGAUGGGGUUUCUGCAUCGUCCUUGCUGACGACAGCCAGCCAACACUCAACAGCUCUGAGCAGCCUGAGCCACAGUGAGGAACUCCCCAGUACGACCACUGCCCAGCUCAGCAGCACGUUACCCACCCAGCAGAACAGUCUGUCCUCAUCCACAUCCUCUGGGCGAACAUCGACUUCAACUCUCCUGCACACGAGUGUGGAGAGUGAAGCAAGCCUCCAUUCUUCUGCUAGCACUUUCUCCACCUCCUCCAGCACAGUGUCAGCCGCCCCGCCAGUCGUAAGCGUUUCAUCCAGUCUCAGCAGCGUCAGCAGCCUGGGCCUCAGCCUCAGCAGUAACUCCACGGUGACGGCCUCGACUCGCAGCUCUGUCGCAACAACAUCAGGAAAAGCCCCUCCCAAUCUCCCUCCUGGAGUCCCACCAUUGUUGCCUAAUCCGUACAUCAUGGCUCCGGGGUUGCUACACGCCUAUCCGCCACAGGUGUAUGGAUAUGAUGACUUGCAAAUGCUCCAGACACGAUUCCCAUUGGAUUACUACAGCAUCCCAUUUCCUACACCCACCACCCCGCUGACUGGAAGAGAUGGCAGCCUGAGCAGCAAUCCAUAUUCUGGUGAAUUAACAAAAUUUGGCCGUGGUGAUGCCUCUUCCCCUGCUCCUGCAACAACUUUGGCCCAGCCUCAGCAGAGCCAGACCCAGACUCACCACACCACGCAGCAGACGUUCCUGAACCCAGCGCUGCCUCCUGGCUACAGUUACACCAGUCUGCCGUACUACACAGGGGUACCAGGGCUCCCCAGCACCUUCCAAUACGGGCCCGCCGUGUUCCCUGUUGCUCCUACCUCUUCCAAGCAGCACGGUGUGAAUGUCAGCGUCAACGCAUCAGCAACCCCUUUUCAACAGCCCAGUGGCUACGGCUCUCAUGGAUACAGCACUGGUGUAUCUGUGACAUCCAGUAACACAGGAGUGCCAGACAUCUCGGGCUCUGUCUACUCCAAAACUCAGCAAUCCUUUGAGAAGCAGGGAUUUCACACUGGACCCCCGGCAGCCUCUUUCAACCUGCCUUCGGCACUGGGCAGCGGCGGCCCCAUCAACCCUGCGACGGCGGCGGCGUAUCCCCCCACCCCUUUCAUGCACAUCCUGACCCCGCAUCAG